AACCCUGGGCCGCCAAAGUUAACCACAAAUUUAACCAUAAGGCCACGGAGCAGGCCCCUACCAUCCCCAUUUUACAGAGGAGCCUCUGAGACGUUAAGUAACUUGCCCAAGGCUGUCCAGCUGGUAAGCAGGAAGACCCAUCUGGAGCUCAAAAAGCACCGAGUCUAAGUCUGGUGGCUGCCUCACACACAGUGAUAAACCCUCGGCUCCCCGGGCACCUCUCCCAGAGCUCCGAGCGCAAGGCACCGGCCCGGACGCCGGGAGGCGGAGAGUUAAUUCCAACCGCCUCUCAGCGGAUUCCGAAGACCUGGUCGUCGAGAGCACCUCCCAUUGGCCGUGGAGCCGGCUUAGCGCUGAUUGGCCGAGGCUCUCGGCUACGGCUCUCCAAGGCUCCCCAUUGGCCGCCGCGCUCCAGUGACUAGAGCGUGCCGGCCCGGCCUCCGCGGCUGCCCGGGCGAAGCUGCGGCGAGCUGCGACAGCAGCCUGAAGACGCGUGUCCCUGGAGGGAGUCCCGACUUCCUUCCCAAAUCCAGAUCUCGUUGCUGUCCCGGGGACGCCACUGGAUCUUCGCCUGGAUCCUUUUCUCCUUAACCUGAUUGUUUUCUUUUUCCUUCCUCCCGGUCUCGCGUCUCCCAACUCGGCGUUUCCCUCCCCUACUCCCGCCAACCCGUAGCCCGCCAUCCUCAGCAUCCCACCUGCCGUCCUCCUGGCUUCUACCUCUCCUAGACCUCAAAUCCCUUGACCAACAGGGUCCUGUCAUAACCUUCUCGCCAGACUCUCCUAAACUUCUCUUUCUUUUCUCUUUGCUAGCUUGUGUCUUCCAAAUUCCAGCUAACCCUUGACCCCUUUAAGUUUGACCCUUACACUCUUGUCUCCAGACCUCUAAAUUCCUACCUCCUGCAGUUGGACUGCUGAAACUGAGGUCUUCGCCUGAUUUCUUACCUCAUUUCUGAAGCUCAUUUUGACUUUCUUACUCCUGGGCCAGUUCCUGCUACUGCUACCCCACCAUGGACUUCUUGAUGAGCGGCCUGGCAGCCUGCGGGGCCUGCUUGUUCACCAACCCCCUGGAGGUGGUGAAGACCAGGAUGCAGUUGCAGGGAGAACUGCAGGCCCCCGGCAGCUACCAGCGGCACUACCGAAACGUCUUCCAUGCCUUCAUCACCAUCGGCAAGGUGGACGGCCUGGCUGCCCUGCAGAAGGGCCUGGCCCCUGCCCUCUUAUACCAGUUCCUGAUGAAUGGCAUCCGGCUGGGCACCUACGGGCUGAUUGAGGCUGGGGGCUACCUGCGCACGGCUGAAGGUGGCCUCAGCCCUGCCCGCAGCGCAGCAGCUGGGGCCCUGGCUGGGGUCAUGGGAGCCUACUUGGGGAGCCCCAUCUACAUGGUGAAGACUCACCUACAGGCACAGGCAGCCUCAGAAAUCGCCGUAGGACACCAGUAUAAGCAUCAGGGCAUGUUUCAAGCACUGACCGAGAUCGGCCAGAAACAUGGUCUGGUGGGGUUGUGGCGUGGGGCCCUGGGAAGUGUGCCCCGAGUUACCGUCGGUUCCUCCACCCAGCUGUGCACCUUCUCAUCCACCAAGGACCUCAUGACCAAGUGGGAGAUAUUUCCUCCCCAGAGCUGGAAGGUGGCUCUGGCGGCCGCCAUGGUGAGUGGCAUUGCAGUGGUCCUGGCCAUGACACCCUUUGAUGUGGCCAGCACAAGGCUCUACAACCAGCCCACAGACGCUCAGGGCAAGGGCCUCAUGUACCGGGGGAUUCUGGACGCGCUGCUGCAGACGGCUCGGACAGAGGGCAUUUUUGGCAUGUACAAGGGUAUAGGUGCCUCCUAUUUCCGUCUUGGCCCCCACACCAUCCUCUCCCUCUUCUUCUGGGACCAGCUGCGCACCCUCUACUACACACACACCAAAUAACAGUCAUCCUUCCACAUUCCACCAAAUUGGCACUCCUGGGACACUUCUGCCUUCAUUACUAUGUCCUGGUGACUUCUGACCAGAAGACCUUUCAUCCAUCCGAGGGGACAGCCAAACCCACUCCCCAUCUGUCUUCUCAGGGUGAAUCACUCAAGGGAUAGUUUCCCUCCCUUCCUUGGGUGUUGCUUUAAACGUUCCCUACCUAGCCCUCUGUACACGUCACACCCCUCUCUCAGGGCUGAACCAGUCACUCCAAAGUGUAUUUCUUCUCUUUCCCCACUGCCAGCCUUGGGGCCCUUCUGAACCCAUGCACAACUUUGAACUCUCUCCUCUGAGACCAAAGGGAAUUGGGGUGACCCAGGUGUCAUGUUAGAUUCAAAGGCACAAAGAUUAUAUUGGUUAUAAAGCAAGUUUAUUUCUGCAGA